AUGUACUCCUUACGGUGUGCGGGUAAAUGCCCGGCCCAGAGGCGUAAAAGCCACGGCCUCGGCUCAGUCGGCCAACCGUCAAUCCCUCCCUCCCAGAGACUCAGCCGACCCUUCUUCUUCUCUCCCUCUCCCUUCCUUCCGACCAGGCGAUUUCUUUCUUCUCCUUCUGACAUCAAUUGGGUAUUGCAAUCUCAAUCCUAUCUCUGUGUCCUUUCUCUUCUCUUCACUAUGUCUGCCUCUUCAGCGCUGAGACGGCUGACCCACAGGUCUCCCCGCAAUCUCCAGUCCCGCAUCGCUUCGCUCUCCCGCACCUCUUGUUCCCCUUCGUCGACGUUCAACUCCUACAGAGCUUCUUCAUCUCCUGCUUUACCUCGUGCUUCGAGAUUCUCAACAAUGGCUUCUCUACGAUCGGCGGCGCCAAUUCCCGCGUCCUCCCAAGUGGACUAUGAUCCUGAAAUCAAGGACAUGGCCGACUACAUCCACAACUACAAGAUCGACUCUGAUCUCGCGUUCGACACCGCCCGCCUGGUUCUCCUUGAUACUCUUGGAUGUGGUCUGGAAGCUCUGAAGUUCAAGGAGUGCACCAAGCUCCUUGGACCGGUUGUUGAUGGCACUGUCGUUCCUAACGGCACUCGCGUUCCUGGUACUCCCUACCAGCUAGACCCUGUAAAUGGUGCCUUCAACAUCGGUGCAAUGAUCCGCUGGCUCGAUUACAAUGACUGCUGGCUCGCUGCUGAGUGGGGUCAUCCUUCCGACAACUUGGGCGGUAUUCUCGCAGUCGCUGACUGGGUCUCUCGUACCAACCGCGCCGGUGGAAACAUCGCCGGUGGUAAGAUCUUCACCAUCAAGGAAGUCUUGGAGGCAAUGAUCAAGGCCCACGAAAUCCAGGGUGUUCUCGCCUUGGAGAACUCCUACAACAAGGUCGGUCUGGACCACGUUGUUUUGGUCAAGGUUGCCACCACCGCUGUUGUGUCCAAGAUGCUUGGUCUCAGCGAGAAGCAGACCGCCGACGCCAUCACCCAGGCGUGGGUUGACGGUCAGAGUCUCCGCACCUACAGACACUCCCCCAACACCAUGUCUAGGAAGUCCUGGGCUGCCGGUGACGCCUGCCAGCGCGCCGUUAACCUUGUUCUCAAGGUUCAAAAGGGUGAGGGCGGUCUCAAGACCGUCCUCUCUGCCCCCGUCUGGGGUUUCUAUGAUGUCCUGUUCAAGGGCAACAAGUUCAAGUUCCAGCGCCCAUACGGCAGCUACGUUAUGGAGAACGUUCUUUUCAAGGUUUCCUAUCCCGCCGAAUUCCACUCUCAGACUGCUAUUGAGGCUGCCGAGAUCAUCAACAAGAAGCUCGCCGCCCUCGGCAAGAGCGCCAAAGAUAUCAAGGAGGUCACUAACCGCACCCACGAGGCGUGCAUCCGCAUCAUCGACAAGCAGUUCAAGGCUAUGGACAACUUUGCGGACCGUGACCACUGCGUUCAGUACAUGGUGGCUACUAUGCUCGUCUUCAACCGCCUGACUGCCAAUGAUUACGCCGAUGGCUCCGAAGCCGCCACCUCUCCUCUCCUCGAGGACCUCCGCAAGCGCAUUCGCUGCGUUGAGGACCCUAAGUUCACCCUGGACUACCACGACCCCAGCAAGCGUACCAUCCCCAACGCUCUCACCGUCACCCUGAACGACGGAACUGUGCUCGACGAGGUUGUCGUCGAGGCACCCCUCGGCCACCGUCUCCGCCGCGACGAGGCCAAGCCCGAGAUUCUCGACAAGUACAAGCGCCACCUCCAAGCCCACUUUGACCAGGCUCGUCUCCAGGAACUCGUCGACCUUGGAAACAACAAGGCCGAGCUUGAGGCCUACGAGGUCGACAAGUACGUUGACCUGUACGUCAGGGACAAGAUUGUUGCUCCUACCGCGUAAGAUGUAUGAAGUGUGAAAAAUUAGACAUUUAGCGUGUAUAUGUUCAAAUAUAAUAUCGACUGCGCGUUCCA